ACCUGCCUUCGUUAGUCAUCUGUUCAAAAGGACAGAUACGGAUCUGUAGAGUUUUAAAAUCUCGAUAAGGGAAUGGAGAACUAGCCGAACUAAAUGAGUAAAUGUAAAAUUUGCGUUAAUUCAAAUGCACACAAGCAUUUCCGUAGGUUCUCAUGUUUGCGUACCCCUGUUUUUAUCGCUUCAGGUGGUUGGUUUUCCUUUUUUUCUCAUCGACCAUGUCUUUUUCGUUUUGUUGAUACCAUAUUGUAUCAAUCGAACCAUCAUGCGAUUAGAAAAUAAUGAAAUCAUUCGUAAACGUGAAGCUGAAACUUGCCGAACCGAGACAGCUCGAUCAAACGACAAGUAUUUUCAAAAUUGUAACAUACAAACCGAGAAGUUUGACGAUUGGACAUCCCCAAGAAGUGCACAGUUGAGCCAUCGUCAGUCCAAACUCCGUGAAACAGAAAUAGAUGUGGAAACUCGAAGAAUAAAACUUAAAAAGUUAUAUCAAGCAGAUAGAUUAAAGGAAGAAGAGGCAAUGAAAAGAAUUCAAAAAGAAGAAGAAAAGCAAAAAUGGGAAUGUAUGAAAGAAAAAGUACAACAUUUUCGGCACUCUAAAAGUGCAAAACUGAGUGAAUUCUUAGAAAACAAGGAGCACGAAAAGUGGAAAUCUACCAAUGAUUCUUUCAGAGUGUUUGAAUCUGAAUUGAAAAAACAACAACAGAAAGAAAUGUGGACGAUACAGCUACAACAGAAAGAAGAGGAGAAAGCUAGGUUAAUGGAAGAAAAGAAAAGGGAGGCUGCACAAAUGGAACGCUUGGUUCAAGAAGAAAAGAGAAGGAAUGAACUUGAACGACAGAUGGAAUUGGAAAAGAAACAGCAGUGGAAAAAAGAUUUGGAUGCUCAAGUUGAACAAUUGAGGGCAAUGGACUUUGAUGCGAAUGAAAAACGACGAGAACAGGAGAGAUUGAUGGCAGAAGCUGCAGGGUUGGAGGCUAUCAAAGAAGAAAUACAGAUAAAAGAAGAAGAAAGAGCAAAAAGAAAACAAAAUGGAGAAUUUUUGACCAAACAACAUUUGGCAAAACUGAGGCAACGUUCGAAAGAAGUGACCGCUGAUCUGGAAAGAGAAAUGAGUUUCGUGGAAAAACUUGCUGAAAGUGAUCGUGCACAACAAAAAGAAAAAACACGUCAGGAUAUAAUGCGAUUUUUAGAACUCGUUGAAAACCAUCGUCAAAUUGAGAAAGAACGUUUGCAGCAGAGCGAGUUUUUGUUCCAGGAAGAGGCAAAAAAACUGUGGGAAAAAAGAGAAUCAGAGUGGGAAGUUGAAAGAUUAGCUCGCAAAAAGUUAAUGGAAGACGUGAUAACGAUCCAGAAAAAACAGAUUGACGAGAGACUACUUGUAGCACGACAAGAAAGGGAGCGACUUAUACUUGAUCGGGAGGAACUUAUUCGCUCGCUCGAGGGCUACCACAAUCAAAUGAAGAUGAAAGAGAUGGAGACCAAAACUAAACAGUUUCAAACGAAAGUGGAUCUGUUAGCCCAAAUUCAUCAAAAACAACGUAGUGAAGAAGAAUUAAUUAGGCAAGAAGAGCAAAAACGCAAACAUCAAGAAAUCAUGGAAGCAGCUCACAGCCAAAAACAUUGGAAUAUAUCAAUGGAUAAACUCAAACUUUAAUAUCAUAAAUACUUCAUUCCUUUUCAAAUUCGAAGCACUUGUCAUGUUUUUUCCCUUUUAUGGAUAAUACCCUUUGUGUAGUUUUUAAAAUAUACUAGUACGCAAAAA